AUGAAUCGCAUUCCAACAAUCGGUCUUGGAACAUGGAAGUCACCCAGAUCAGAAGAUCUUGUCAAUGCAAUUGUAUAUGCCAUCAAAGAAGCUGGAUACGUCCAUAUUGAUUGUGCAGGAGCUUAUGGAAACGAAGAUAUCGUUGGUCAGGCAUUAGAGCAAUGCUGGAAGGCUGGAAUUAAGCGUGAAAACGUUUGGAUUACCUCCAAAUUAUGGAACACUCAGCAUAGACCAGAUCAUGUCGAAGCAACUUGCCGUAAGACACUUGAAGAUCUCAAGCUCGACUACUUGGAUUUAUACUUAAUGCACUACCCGUGUGCUUUCAUGGCUACAGAGCCAGGAGGCGAUAAAUUCCCUCUCAUUGACGGCAAAUUGCAGUGGGAUGAUACUGUUUCCAUUAUUGAUACAUGGAAAGAAAUGGAAAAGCUUGUUGAAAAGGGACUUGUCAAGAGAAUUGGCGUUUCCAAUUUCACUGUAAACCAACUUGAGAGACUCAAAUACUCAGAUUGCAAACUUACUCCUUAUACAAAUCAGAUCGAAUUCCAUCUUUACAUGCAACAGAGUGCUCUCCGCAACUAUUGCCACAAAAAUGGAAUUCUUAUUACAGGUUAUUCAACACUUGGCACAGCUGAUCUCAAGAAACCAGGUGCUCCAAUCUUUCUUGAAGAUGAAGAACUUGUAAGAAUCGCCAAGGAAACUGGAAGAACUGUUAGUGAAGUUGAAUUAAGAUUUUUGCUCUCGAUUGAACCAGGAGCAGCCUUACUUGCCAAGUUAGUUACGCCAGAAAGAAUUUACAAGAACAAUCACUUAGAUUUCGAUCUUACAAAGGAUCAAGUAGAGCGCCUUAAGAAGCGUGAAAGAUUCUACAGAUAUGUCAGUCCUAAGGAAGAAAUGGGACGUGAUGUUCUCGGUGAAGGAUGGUAA